UAAGUGUAGAAGACAGAAGGAAAGCCAGGCUUGUACUUGUGAAGUUAGCUCAAAAGAAUGCCUUCAAAGAGGAAAUACAAAUGUUGAAUCAUGGUAAACUGCCACAAAACCAUCAGUUAUUCCAGCUUGAUCCAGUAAUGCAAGACGGUGUUCUCAGAGUGGGAGGACGAUUAAAGAAGGCCUGCUUACCUCAUGACUUGAAACAUCCGGUAAUCUUACCAAGAGAUGGGGUGAUUACAUCUCUGAUCAUAGGUUACUGCCAUGAAAAAGGUCAGCAUCAAGGCAGAGGACAGACUCUCAACGAGCUCAGAGCACAUGGUUACUGGGUAGUGGGUGGCAGCAAAAUUGUGGCAAGUUACAUCAAACAAUGUGUCACAUGCAGGAGAGCUCGCAGACCAACGGAAACACAAAAGAUGGCAGAUUUACCUGCUAACCGUGUUGAUCCCUCACCACCAUUCUCCUUCUGUGGGAUGGAUUGUUUUGGGCCCUUUCUCACUAAGCAGGUUCGUAAAGAGCAUAAGAGGAGCGUUCUCAGCUGUGUCCUUUCCAAGAGUGCUGGAAGAUUAGAUGAUGCGUCUUUAAGGACAUUUUUCUAUGAAGCGAUGUCAAUAGUAAACAGUCGCCCCCUCACUACUGACAGCAUCAAUGAUUCCAAAAGUCUAGAACCACUUACUCCAAACCAUUUGCUGACCAUGAAAAGCUCUGUUCCGCUUCCUCCUCCAGGAAAAUUUGUGGCAGAAGAUGUGUAUGCCAAGAAAAGGUGGCGCAGGGUACAGUACCUGACAGAACAAUUCUGGAGUAGAUGGAAGAAAGAGUAUCUGACAAACAUUAUCCUCAGACAACGCUGGCACUCUGCAAGGCGUAAUGUGAAGGUUGGAGAUAUCGUCAUUGUCAAAGAAGACGAGGUGCCCCGUAAUGAGUGGAGAAUUGGCAGGGUACUAGAUGUUUGUAAAGACGAAGAUGGGUUGGUGCGGAAAGUUACUGUACAAAUGGGAAACAGAAAGCUCAGGAAAGAGGGUCAAAGACUUACUAGUUCAUCCAUUCUUGAACGACCUGUUCAUAAGUUAGUUGUACUUGUAGAAAACAACUAAAAUGUGUUGUAAUGGAACUAAUCUCUAAGAACCUACAAGUAAGGAGAGUUUAAAGUGGCAGUGUUGACCUGAGAGGUAUAAAAUGCCAGUUGUUUAUUUUUGAAAAUUACUAGAUUUAUUUAAAUGUUUCCAUAAAUGUGUCAUAAAUCAUAGUAAUUUGAUGGGAGUGUAACUGUCUGAGGGACAGUGUUACUGAGUUUUCAUGUUUAAGUCUAUAUUUUGCUAA